AUGGAGAACCUGUACAGAUCUUGGAGAGUUUUCCUCUCCAUCAGGGCUCGAGCUCGUAAAGAAGCUGAGCAUGGGAAUGUGCGAGAAGCGCAAAGACAAUAUAUCGAGUGCCUGCAGAUCUUGGAAAGACCACUCCCAUCAGCUGGUUUGGAGCAAGCUCUUUCUGUGGUAUGGCAGAUCAUCCGCCAUGCACUGAAUGGGUUGUGGAUUGGAAGAUGGUUCGCACGACGUAAGCGAGAUGCUGGAAAGCCUGUCACGGUUGUCUGCAAAAGCCAUGCACACACGGCAAUGAUCUAUCAUAAGAUGCAUCAGGCUAGCAACAACCGAUAUCUUCUGAACAGCAAAGUGAAAAUAGGAUUUUUCAGGACUCGACUCUGCCUACCUCCUUUUCUUGCGUCCAUCUUUUCGCCGUAUUUUUACAAGCGAGCUCGUCGGCACAUCAGAAGAGCAGAUGAGGAUAGCGUUAGCGGCCUGGAGUGGUUGUUCCAUCCGUUGUCUCGAGAAUUUUUGUCGGAUCCGGAGGCUUUACGAGCUAUUCUUAGUGUUAAGAAAACCUCCCUAAGGCCAAUAAUUGGAGAAUGCGAUGCUGAUGUUCUUUCUCGCCUUCGAGCAGCAUUCAAAGUGCGAUUGCUAACUAUGUUGGCAAAUGAGUUGUGCGGUGAGAAUGGUCAGAAGGAUAUCGACAUUGUUGACGUAUCUCGGCUUCUCAUAAACAUAUCGAUGGCUGGAGGAUUGCCGAAGAAGGAAAAUAACUGGGGUAAGCGCGAGCAUCGA